AUGCUUAUCCUUUCAGCAAUCGCGGCGCCAUCGGAAUCACCUUUUAAAAAUGGCAAGACGGACUUGGAUCUUGGGGUUCGCCAACGGUGCGGGAGCACGCCCCAAGAGCCUGGAACACAAAGGAUAUUUUUGGACGACCUGGAGCUCCAGAAGAACGAAAAAAUUCAAGAAUGCAAGAUCACAUGUACGGACGACAAGGAUUUGGGGCUAAAAUGCACCCUAUUGGCAAUGGAAAAGGCCUGCAAAUAUAUGGCCGAAAAGGAUAAGAAAAAGAAGAAAAAAGGAAAAAAAGGAUGUGGAAAAGGCGGAAAAGGAGGAGAUGACGACGAUGAUAAGCGCGCGGAGAUGAUACGGAAAUGUCAGAAAUUGGCAAGGAAGUUAUGCAAGAAAAUGGAGAGAAAGGCAAAGGAAGCUGCCCUACUCAAGGAGUGCCGCAAAAUGGCCGAAGAGGAAAUGUGCAAGAGAAUAGCCAAGAAAGAUAAAAAGAAGUCAAAGCCAAAUAAAUGUAAAAAAAAGGCAAAGAAAAAUAAAUGUGAAAAACCAGGAAAAAAAGACAAGAAUCAAGAACUAAAAAUUAAAUGCAGAGCUUAUGCGAGAAAAAGAUGCAAGGAAUUGGCUGAAGAGAAAAAGUGCAAGAAACCAAAGAAAAAGGAUUGCUAG